UAUUAUGAUGGAUACUGAACACUUCAGUGGGAUGUUGGAGAAGAUGCCAUUCACUGAUUCAAGUGGUCUUCAGCUUCUUCUGCCUGUUUCUGUUGAACCUGCUGUAGUGGGACAUCACUCUUAUUUGGAACUUCCUCCAGUCUCUAAUACUGAUGAUUUAAUAGCCAUGACCUUUCCACCCGAUCAGCCAUUGUAUCCUGAUUGUGUCUAUGGUGACCCUUACAGUCAGGUAUUACCCCUGCAGGUUGCAUUUCCUGCUUAUGGAAACUACAGCUAUUACUGUGAACCAGCCUUCAUUAGGAAAAGAAAUGAAAGGGAGAGACAAAGAGUGAAAUGUGUUAACGAAGGUUAUGAUAAAUUGCGACACCACCUGCCAAAGGAAUAUGUUGAGAAAAGGCUCAGCAAAGUGGAAACACUCCGUGCUGCCAUCAAGUAUAUUAAACAUCUUCAGUCUGUACUGUGUAGUGAUGUUGCUGAUCAAAAAACUUGUAGACUGGAUGAUAAUACUCUCUCUAAGGAAUUCAAAGCACAUUCCCAAGCAAAAGAACCUGCAACCAGAAAAAAAGAACUUUAAAUUGUAGGCAAAGCCACUCAGCUGAGAAACCAAGCACCAUGGAGUUAAUUGCAAUAUUUCUAGAUGUGACAGUAGUGUAAUAUGCAAUUACAUUAUAUUUAUUUGGAGUAACAUUUUCAGGGAUAAUACGGUUGUUGUUGUUCUUCUUUUGGCUUUUCCCGGUUAGGGGUCGGCACAGCGGAACUCCGAUCUGCUAAUGAUUGGCAG